CCUAUAGUUACUCGAGGGAGAGGGGGAGAGAGAGAGAGAGAGUGAGAGAGAGAGAAUGCCGUUGGGGAAGUAUUACUGCGAUUACUGUGAGAAACAAUUCCAGGACACUCCAUCAGCUAGGAAGCGCCAUCUCCAGGGCGUCCAGCACCAGCGAUCCAAAGCUCUCUGGUACAAUAAUAUUAAUAAUAAUUCCUUACGAGAUGCCAAUCAACAGUUUCAUCCAGACUCCUUUGGGAGAGGACUCUGCAAUCGCUUCCUCAGAACGGGAUCAUGCCCGUAUGGGGAUUCUUGUAAAUAUUUCCACCCCAAGCAAAACUUAGGCGUACCAGAUAACAUUCAGUCACCACUUAUUCCUGAGAGUCAACUAGCUGGAGGACCACCUUUUCCAGGAGGUGUGGUCGGGGAUGGUAUGGGAAUUUCACUGGGUAAUCUACCUCCAUCAUUGAAGCCGCCCCCAGAGGGUGGAUAUCCAACAUUUCCCUAUAUCGAUUGGGGAUAGCUCUGCUGUUUUUAUUUCUUACUUUUAUUUUUUUUGUCACUUGCAUCCAUCCUUUGUCUCUGCUAGACCACUUUCUUUUCAGUAUGGUUAGCAAUGGCAUUUCGUUUUGCAGUGUAUAACCUACAGCUAGUUGUAGAUGAAGGAACUCUCAUGUAUGUUUCAUUUUAAAUGGGUAUGUAGCUUACCCUAUAAUUUAUGUUGGAGUUCUUGAAGUGAAA